UUUACGCUACUCUAUUCCACUUAGACCAAUGCAGUACCUAGCUAGUGUUCUUAUUUUGAAUAUAUUCGGAGUUUUAUCUUACGAGUAUGAGGGCUAUGGAAGAAACAAUAUGGCCGUUGGGAGACGGGACGUCAUACCAAUGAACGAAGUUAGGCGAAGGAAUGUUAUAAUGGACAGGAACUACAGGCGAACUAAGGAUAUACGAACAGACAUAUACGACAGACGGUUUGAGGAAGCCCAGUGGAGAGAAGCGAGAGGCGCAGAUGACAGGGAUCGUUUGGACCGGCUUCACCGGGAGCUGAGGUGGCUUACUAUUAACAGUAACGAACUAGGUAUUGGAUAUUAAUGUCUAAUUGGUUGUCAUGGCAACGCAAAAGUUAAUUGGUAACCACGGAGUCGCUAUAAUUUAAUAAAUGAUUUAUGAAUUUAA